AGGGGCGGGGCCUCUGGUGGCGGUAGGGAACUGGAGGGGAGGCGGCAACUUUGUUUCAAGUUGGACAAAUUGACAAGAGCGAGAAAUACACUGCGUUCCAUCCCGACCUGGGGCCGCGGAGCUGGGCCCGGUUUUCCCCUCCUCCACCCCCCGAGAGUCGGGGCCCGCCUUUUGCAGGUUUCCCAGGCCCCCGCUCCAGGGCCGGGCUGACCCGACUCGCUAGCGCUUCAUGGAGAACUUCCAAAAAGUGGAAAAGAUCGGAGAGGGCACGUACGGAGUUGUGUACAAAGCCAAAAACAAGGUGACGGGAGAAGUGGUGGCGCUUAAAAAAAUCCGCCUGGACACGGGAUGCUGGGGUGGUGUCUCAUUGGGAAGAAAAGAAUGACUGAGCUGGGGGAAAAGGAGUGUUUGUAACCACAUUCCUAUCUCUGCUUUCUCCACCUCUCCAAGUGAGACAGAGGGUGUACCCAGUACUGCUAUACGAGAGAUUUCUCUGCUUAAGGAGCUUAACCACCCUAACAUUGUCAAGCUGCUGGAUGUCAUCCACACAGAAAACAAACUCUACCUAGUUUUUGAGUUUCUGCACCAGGAUCUGAAGAAAUUCAUGGAUGCCUCUGCUUUGACUGGCAUUCCUCUUCCCCUCAUCAAGAGCUAUCUGUUCCAGCUGCUCCAGGGCCUAGCCUUCUGCCAUUCUCAUCGGGUUCUGCACCGAGACCUCAAACCUCAGAAUCUGCUUAUCAACGCAGAGGGGGCCAUCAAGCUAGCAGACUUUGGACUAGCCAGAGCCUUUGGAGUACCUGUUCGUACUUACACCCAUGAGGUGGUGACCCUGUGGUACCGAGCACCUGAAAUCCUUCUGGGCUGCAAGUACUACUCCACAGCUGUAGAUAUCUGGAGCCUGGGCUGCAUCUUUGCUGAGAUGCACCUAGUGUGUACCCAGCACCAUGCUAGGUGCUGUGGGGAACACAGAAGAAAUGGAAGACACAGUCUCUGCCCGCUGUGCUCCUAUCUAGAAGUGGCUGCAUCACAAGGAGGGGGGAUGACCGCAGUGUCUACCCCACACCCCGUGACCCGCCGAGCCCUAUUUCCUGGAGAUUCCGAAAUCGACCAACUCUUCCGGAUCUUCCGGACUCUGGGGACCCCAGAUGAAGUGGUUUGGCCAGGAGUUACUUCUAUGCCUGAUUAUAAGCCGAGUUUCCCCAAGUGGGCCCGGCAAGAUUUUAGCAAAGUUGUUCCUCCCUUGGAUGAAGAUGGACGGAGCUUGCUGUCGCAAAUGCUGCACUACGACCCCAACAAGCGGAUUUCGGCAAAGGCAGCUCUGGCUCACCCUUUCUUCCAGGAUGUGACCAAGCCAGUGCCCCACCUUCGACUCUGAUGUCCUACCCCAGUCUCACCCUCUCCUCCAGUGGGGGCCUGAUCUGCCUUGGCCCUGGGCUAUUUGCCCUCUGAUCUUGUCUGGCUGCCUUAACACCUCCCCCUCUUAGCCAGCCAACUCUGAGGAUAUAAGGGGUGGAGAAGAGAAAUAGGUGAAAAUGAAAGGAAGCUUCAGUAUUAGAUGCACUUAAGUCCCUCCACCACCCUCUCCCCCUCUUCUUAGUCAUUGCUGAGGAGGGCUGGUAUUUAAAAAGAAAAGAAAAGACUGCCCUCCACAUAGGGCUUGCCAUCCCAAUCUCUGAAAGCCCUGAAAAUUAUUAUUUCCUGUGUUCGGGAUGACAGACACCCCAAGCCUCGCCUCGGCCACUGUGUUUAUAAGGUCAACUGAUAGCAGAGAACCUAAGUUGGGACUUUAGAAAACCAAGCAAAACAAAACAGAGGGAGGGGCCUGUUUUAAAGAUUUAGGUUACAAAAUAGAUCCAACCAGUUUAUACCCUAAUUUUAGUGUUUCAUCUCACCUAACAGUCUGGGAGACUCAAGACUCCCAGUCUCUGCAGUCUUGAUGAGACUGCAGUAGAAACAAUUGCCCCUAGUCCCUCUAUCUGUCCCAACUAUGGGCAAGAGGUAUCUGGGAGGCUCUAGGACAGGGAUUGUACUUCACCGUGGCCUUAUGGGGCAAGUAAAAGUUGUCUGAAUUUUUCUCUUCCUUUUAAGACUCUUGGUUCUUCACAUGCCAGGUCCCAUCUUCCUCUGAAGGCUACCCCCAUAGGAGUGGAAGUUAGGGUUUAGACAUCAUUUUGAAAAUGCUGACACUUUUUUAGGGCUGUGACUGAGUGAGGGCAUUGGGAAAUUUUUUUUCUUUAAAAGAAGGAUGAACAAUUAUAUUUAUAUUUCAGGUUAUAGUGUUUUUUAAGUGGGAAUGGGUGGAUUUGUUGCCAUGUGCACCUUGGGGUUUUGUAAUGCAAAUGUUUUAAAAAAAGUAUUUUUUUUUCUUUUUUUGAUGUUUGUCUCCCUUCUCCCACCUCUUGUCUUCGAGUGUUCAUGCUAUUAACAUUAUUUGUAAUUUAGUUUGUGAUUCAUUAAAAACAAAAGUUCCUAGUUUUA